AAAGUGUGGCUAUGUGAUCAUCCUGAUGACUCUGUAUUGGUGCACGGAGUGCAUGCCUCUGGUUGUGACCGCUCUUCUUCCCGUCAUCCUGUUCCCAGCGAUGGGCAUCAUGAAGGCCUCAGAUGUCAGUGUUGAGUAUUUGAAGGACUCCAGCAUGCUGGGUGUGGGCGGCUUCUUAGUGGCCAUUGCGGUGGAAAACUGGAAUCUCCAUAAACGCAUCGCUCUGCGGGUUCUUCUCCUGGUCGGUGUGCGUCCAGCCCUGUUGAUGACAGGAUUCAUGAUUGUGUCGGCCUUCCUGUCCAUGUGGAUCAGCAACACAGCCACCACAGCCAUGAUGCUGCCCAUCUCUCAGGCUGUGCUGCAUCAGCUGCAGGCGACAGAGACACGGGCAGAAGAACGAGACCUCCAGAGCGCAGCAGAAGAUAACCUCGGGUUUGAGAUGGAGAGCAGAAAAAUCAAGGAGGGAAUCCCAGAUGAGAAAAAUACAGACACAAAAGAAAAUGCCUUGGUUCUGCCUCCAGUGACGCCAGAGUCCAGGAGGAAAGCCAUUGAGGAAAAGUACAACCUCCUGACUAAAGGGAUGAGCCUGAGUGUGUGCUACUCGGCGAGCAUCGGUGGCACUGCUACCCUGACGGGCACCGCCCCCAACCUCAUCCUCAAGGGUCAAAUAGACAAGCUCUUCCCUGGAAAUGGAAACGUGAUCAACUUUGCCAGCUGGUUUGGCUUUGCUUUUCCCAACAUGGUGCUCAUGCUGGCAAUCUCCUGGCUCUGGCUUCACUUCAUGUUUCUUGGCUUCAACCUGAAGAAGUCUUUCGGUUGUGGCAUGAAAAGUGACAGAGAUAAAGAGGCGUAUGCAGUGAUGAAAGAGGAGUACAAGAAGCUGGGGGGCAUGAAGUUUGCUGAAGGAGCAGUACUCACCAUCUUCAUUUUGCUUGUGCUGCUGUGGUUCACCAGAGAGCCAGGCUUCAUACCUGGCUGGGCCACAGUUCUCUUCAACAAAGAGGAUUCGUUUGUGUCGGAUGGAACAGUGGCCAUCUUUAUGUCAAUGCUCUUCUUCGUCAUCCCAUCUCAGCUCCCCUCAUGUGGCAGCUAUGGUUUCACCGAGGCAGGUAAAAGGAUUAAGGCACCUCCAACUCUGCUGAACUGGCAGGUGGUCCAUGAGAGGAUGCCCUGGAGCAUCAUCCUGCUGCUGGGAGGAGGAUUCGCUCUGGCUACCGGCAGUGAGAUUUCAGGUUUGUCUAAAUGACUUGGAGCUAGUCUGGCUCCCCUGCAGAAAAUCCCUCCGUUUGCCAUCUCCAUUCUGCUCAGUCUGCUGGUGGCAACAUUCACCGAAUGCUCCAGCAACACAGCAACCACCACCCUGUUCCUGCCCAUUCUUGCUUCAAUGGCCACAACUAUCCAGUUGCACCCGCUUUACGUGAUGCUGCCUUGCACCAUCGCUGCCUCUCUUGCUUUCAUGCUGCCUGUUGCCACACCACCCAACGCCAUCGCCUUCUCGUUUGGAAACCUCAGAAUCUUUGACAUG